CACCUACCUGUGCAGCAGUAUGACAAGAAAGGAAAGAUUAAUGUGACAGCUCUUGCAGCCGCAUGUAACAGCACCCAAUCCCAGAUCUCAUAUUGCCUGCAUGCGAGUGUCUUACUAGCAGCAACCGCAUCGUCUCAGCCUGGCGGUCUCGAAACCGGAGUUUGCUUCAAACAUUAGAGUUAAUCACCCCAUUGAGUAGCUAUCGUAUCUGUUCCCUUCUGUUGCAACCUAUUAAGUAUGGGAGACAACCCUACCCGACAAGCACAAUGGAAUGAUUCCACGCUCGCGACCUCGGCGACACUAAGUGAGCCUCGCCAUGCCUCUCUCGGUAAUGAUUCAUCCUUGACUAGACUUUACGAAGAGCAAGAAGACGCAUCCUCAGGCGCAGAGCUUACUAAUGACGAAUACUGGGAUUGUAAACAUUUGCCACAACAGGACCACCUCAGGAGACAUAUGAGCAUUCAACUCAAGGAGCCUGGUCCGAGACUAGCUGAGACUAAGUCAAUCGCACGUAGAAAUAUUGACAGUAACGUCGAGAUAUUGAAGGAUUUGGAAGAGGAGGAGAGAGAGAUUACAGAGACAGUGGUGGAAGUCAUCCCUAAGACUAAAGUACCUUAUAACGAGGAACUAGAGAUAUAUUAUGAACCUCUUGAGAAUGCUCAGAUGUGGACGCGUCUGCUGGAAGUCCUUCCAGGAAAGUCUGGAGAUCCUCUUCGGGGCUUUCUUACCAACCACUGUAUUAACGAUAUCGGCGCAUUCGAUGCCGUUUCCUAUCAAUGGUCACGUUCCGAAAGUGUUUAUCUACCAUGUUCCGGUAAAGGCGGGCCUCAAACCCAUUGGGAGCAACCAAUCUCUCCCACCUCUUUCAAGGCACUUCGGGAUAUACGACGUGAAGAUUUCCCGGUCCGUAUAUGGAUGGAUUCUAUCUGUAUCAACCAGGCCGAUGAAAUCGAGAAGCGAGACCAGUUACAGCUUAUGGAACAGAUCUAUACCUCAGCUACCCGUGUGAGAGCUUGGCUCGAUAUUGAAAUCGACGACACGGCACCGUGUUUUAGAAGGCUGAAAGUAUGGACGCAAACAUGGAGGCUUGACAAACACCCCAAAUACCUCACAAAGUUGACCAGGGAUAUGCUCAAGUAUGAGAUGAGAGUGGACUUGGGAGACGACCCAACGUUUUGGUCACCGAUCGAAAAGAUAAUGUCGCACGAUUAUUGGGAACGCCUGUGGGUUCAGCAGGAGAUAGUGUUCGCCAAGUCGUUGAUGUUGCAUUGUAAAAGCAAAGAGAUUAGUGGACAGAGCCUCAUUGUGUUACAGACUGUUUUUGUGGUCAAACGGGGGCUUAUGACCAGUACAGAAUCGAAACCAUUCUACAAGCAAUGGUAUGGCCCUUUUCGCGCCAUCGCAUAUUCGCCGAUACCAGCAAAAUCUAUCGCCGUCGUACGGAACAUGCGAGCGAUGCCUGAUCCUAUAGAGGAUAAUAGGUGGCGCAAAAUUCAACCUGGCUCCCUACUCUAUCAUCUCCAAAAUUGCCGACCGCUGGCAGUAACGAAGCCGAAAGACCGCGUGUUAGGUCUGCUCGGCAUUGCGAAAGACUAUAACCCAAACGACAUCAAUGUCGAUCCAUCAUGGUCAACAGCACAGGUCUUUGCCAGUGCACUCAGUUUCUUCGUUGAAAAGAGGUGUAGCCUUGCAUUUUUGGGAUUUGCCCUACGUGUCAAAAACCAUGUUAUCGAGCUUUGCGAGAACGAAGUCCUAGGAAAGAAAUUCGAUAAGAAGAGGCCUCACGACAACGAGCAUCGCGACCAUGAAGUUCAAGACGAUAGGAAAGCUGGGCAUAAGCCUCUAGACAAUGCUUUUCCCCAACAGUUUUACAGAAAGGCGAUGAUACCAUCAUGGAUUCCAAACUGGGAUACAGUAAACUUGGACAUGUCCUUCCUUCCAGAACUGUAUACUGCAUCAGGAGAGCUCCUACCUCUACCCAGCCCGGUAUCAAUUGAGAAAUUGACCUUGAGUAUUCGAGGAUAUCGCCUAGCCCACGUCGAUCUGGCGUGUUCUUUCCUGUCAGCAAACCCUUCACUUAGGAUCGAUAUCUUGGACGUUCUCCUUCGCGAGAGCUCAGGCGGCGUCCUGCGAACAGGAGUUUAUAGACAGUGGAGAGAAACCCUGGCAUAUGCGAUCAAUAAGGCACAUAGAACAGAUGAUCUGACAGAAUUAGCACUGGCAACACCUCCAAAUUUCGGCCUGGAAAACUACGAAGGAUCACUAUGCGCAGCACUGACGGCAUUAUUCGACUUUCUUCGCAACUAUCCAGACAAGUCUGAUAACAUCGAUAUGAUCGAGCGUGUGCACCACGCUGUGGAAAGUGGUUACUUGACAGAUCAUGACAAAGAGUCGCAGUUCAUAUUCGCCGCGCUAGCAGAUCACGCCAUGUUUGAUGAUGGAACACUCAUUAUAACCAGCGGGACCACGGAAUACAGGCAACUACUUGGUCUAACACACCAGGUCUACGUCAAAGGCUCACAACAGACAGCAGGCAAUGGUGAUGAGAUCUGGAUUGUAUUCGGAUGCCCGAUGCCAAUGAUACUGCGACCGCACAGAACGGGGUUCUAUGAAGUCAUUGCACCGGUUUAUGUGGCAGGGGUCAUGGAUGGCGAAGCUGUUAUUGGGCUCGACCCAAAUUCAUCGAGACAUACUUGGAAUGGAAGAGAGUAUGAAAUCGAAACUGUAACCCUAUGGGAUAGUUCAAUGCUUGGGUAAUUAGCAGCCGUGACUUGAGUCGGGAUCUUGCCACCGACCGAAGAAAUUUGUAAGGCUAUGACUACAACUGGGCUCUCAUACACUCUGAAGCAAGUGUGAUAGAACUUAUAAUAUCCGGGAAUAGAUUCUCCGGAAGUUUAGCCAUUUGCCUCGGCGUGGUCAAGAAUCUGGUAACUGGCAGGUACGGACUGUGUGUCCGUCCGUAACUUUCUCAGCGCAACUCUUAGCACACGUCGUGCGCGUAAUACACCACUUUUUCUCUUAUUCUUAAAAA